AAUAAUUAAUAGAGUUGAACCACUAGAAUAUGUGAUAGCGAUAUGAGCUGAGCUGUCUCUCUAUGAGCCGUGAAGAGGAAGAGGAAGAUAAUGGAGGAGACUUUGCAGACCUGCCUGACUUCCUCUGUGAUAACGAUGAGAUAGAUAGGAUGAUAGAGGAACGAGCUGGUGCUUUCAACCUUACCGGGACUAACAUCAGGAAUAUUCUUUACCAUGUGGUGCUUGGAGUUGGCGGAGCGCGGGAUUUCUGGGACCCAAGUGAGCAGGACUUUCACACUCCCCUCGAGAUACCAGAGCCUAAAACUAGGGCAGCUAAACAGAAAGUUCUAGAACAAGAAACUGGGACUCAGCCCAGCUGCUCAGAUCCACUGUUGACAAUUCCGGAAGUCAGAUCACCUGAACAUGAUCAAGAGGAAGAUGAGGAAGAGGAUCAGGACUACGUGCCCCACCACGACACUGAGGGUAGUGAUUACAGUGAAGACGAGCAAGAGUCGUUAGCUCCCACUACCCCCAAAUCUAUCAUCAUGACACCGAGCAGUCGAAGGAACAAGCCUUCAGAGUGUGACAGUGAGCCUGCAACACCUUCGGUUGGAUUAGCAAAGCGUACACGAUCACUAUUCAGCUUGAAAGAUCGAGAUUUGCUGGAGCUGGAAUCUGCGUUACCCAACGAUGACGAGAAAGAUGACGAUGAGAACGGAGAAAAGGGGAAGUUUGUAGAAAGAGCCAGGACUCUGGAGGAGUAUAUUGAGGUGGAGGAGGAUCCUAAUACCAGUGUGGCGGAGGAGUCUGAAGAUAAUUGGGAUGGAUUAGAAGAAGAGUUAGGUAACGAGUUUGACAAUUUAACAGACGAAGAAUCGUCCCAAUCUUCCGAGGAGGACGCGGCCGAUGAUGGAACAUUUGGGAGGUUUCUCAAGGGUAUCGCUAAUCCCAGAGAAGAAUUUCCUGAGGACGAGAGUUUGCACGAUAUGCUUUAUAUGUACCGAGAGAAACUCCGGUUCGAGCCAGAAGAGUUUCGGACGGAUAAAGACGUGCGAGUGACAAAAAAAGAGAUGGGUGAAAUGAUGAGAGAUUUGGAACUUUCUCAUCCUGAUGUUAACGAGCAACUCAAUUCACGGUCCAGGAAUUGCAAACUCUCGUCAGAGGUUGCACAAAUCGUAGAGGGUCCUCUUUUCACGCCCCAUUCGAUAGAAAUACUGAAGGAACAGCUCCAAAUGCACUUGCAGCUUCUCGUCCAACACACUGUGCUUGCUCACGAUGUUGUCAGUCUCGCCAAGAACAAGGAUAUCGCUCGAACGAGAAUUGAAGAACUGGAAGAAUUGAGCAGUCAGAGCUCGACAGAAGGCUUCUUGCAAGCUAUGAAAGGCGAAUCAGAGGGGCCCACAUCUAUUCUAAAGUGUUUGGAUAUUUACCCAGCUUUGAAGCUUGCUGACCGAGAGAAGCCUGUAGAUGAUGUGUCUCCAACCCUGCCCAUACCCCUCAAAGUCGCCAGAGAAGUUUCCCACGUGAAGCACAUCGAGCCACUACCUCGUAACAAGUACUACUUGCUCAACUACCAGCCAUUCUUCCAAAAGUUCCACCACAUAAGACCAACAGUUAACUUCAUAUGUCAGACCAAAAUUCGACCGAACGCUAACAGAUGUUUCACAGAGCUUGAAGACAACCUUCUUGCUCACGGACUGGACGCUUUCCGGUUUGUCAAAGAACAGAAAGUAGUUUACGAAUAUAUCAGAGACCACUUCCUCCCAACCAAAACAGCCAAACAAAUCAGCAUAAGAGUGAAAAACAAGACGUCAUCCUCCGCCCCUAACAACGUGAUUAAGCAUUGGAAAGACACGAGUUACAUCAGAUACGACACUCAGUACACAACCACCAAACUGAUGAAGAGCCUCUCAGUUCCUGUAACCCCUCGAGGGGACCGUCCUAUCGCACCGGCCGUCAAGAGGGAGAACCUGGACUGGCUGGUAGCUUUGCGAGACCAUCGUCGUAAGAUCCAGAGAGAGUACAAUAAGAAGCGCCAGAAACUACAGUGUAACAAGGAGGCAGUGGUAGCAGCCACAAAGUUAGCCACCACCGAUGAGAACCAUGGUUUCGAGAUUGCCUUCCUCUUGAAAGCGAAGGAAGUGCUGAAGAACGAUUAUACUACGUAUUUCAACGUGUUUAAACUGCUUGCGGAGUAUAACCAACUGGCUGAGUUUGACUGUGAGGACGUUAUCAGGAAGAUACUGAACAUCCUCAACAGUUACCCGGAUCUAAGUUACGAGUUCCUCUCAAUAUUCUCACCCUUACCAGAUCUCCCGGUAGAGCAACUACUGGAAACUCUGAGCCACGUCAAAACUCGACUGCUCAUGAGGAACCUCGAGCGUCAUUUUAAGAACAAUCCGAACCAAUACAAGAAGAUAAUUAAGAUGAUACUUGGGGCGAAUUUGAAUAACCCUGCUGCCACAAGAGACACGCUUCUGAGCAUGUUGCGGGGCAAGCCUGAGCUCAGUGACCAGGUGGCAGAGUUUUUUGAUAAAUGCGCUAUCAAGCCAAAAGCAAACGAUUUUGAAUACAUUGAUUUGACUGAUAAGAACGCUGCUAUCUCUCCAAACGCUGAUGGUUUCGAGGAAUUGAGUUUGUUGGAGAAAACGUCCGCUUCUACACAAAAGCACAACAAGUUGAUUGAGAGUAUCAACAAGACGGUGAACGAUCAAAGAAAGCAGGAGCAGGAGGAUAAGGUGGAAAAGAAGCGACAGGAAGAGGAAACAAAACGACUACUCAAACUCGAAAAAAGAAAAAUGCCGGCCCGUAACGUAGUUGAAUGUGGGGAUGUGGUCCUGACCUGGACCAGGGAGCAGGACCGAGAGAUCCUCAGAGCUUGCCGGACCUCACGACCCAGGUCCAAGACUUUCAAAGCUCUGGCAAAGUCAUUCCCCCACAAAUCUAGUUUACAGGUAAAAGAUCGAUUCUUCACACUGAUGCAGCUAAUGAAGAAAGCCCAGCAAGCAGCCGAGAGAAAAGCGAAGAAAUCAGCGAAGAAUCUACAAGAGUCUACUCCUGUCAAGCAAGGGAAGGAGAGCAGUGUGAGACCGUCUGGGGAGGUUUCUAAGAAAGCAAGGAUCAUGCAAGAUGGACAGCAGCCUGGUCCUUCAACGGAAACUAAAGGCACUUGAUAAUUUACCGGGGAAAUACUUUGUUUUUUUUAUUUCAUAUUACCGACCCGUAUGUUUCAUUACAUUAUUAUUGUUUCGAAGGGUUGAUCAGAUUUUUAUUUCACAUUUUAUUUGUAUUUUGUUUGAAUUAUUUGAAUAA